AUGACCGUUUCUCUCUCUUCUCUCAAGUUUCUCCCUCUCCCAGAAAAAGUCAGGGAGGGCCCACUUUCCCCUGAGGAGUACUAUGCACUGAGCUACCCCAAGCGUCUGGUGUAUAGGACCAAGUACAACCCUAGAAGAGUAAUGGACUUGGUUAUUCUGUUCUUCGGCAUCUUCAUCGAAUGGUUGGGCAGUACGCUUCUGGCUCCUGUUACUCCUUGGUACAUCGAGGAUCUAGCUCCCGAUAUGAACCAGGGUACAGCCGCCUCUAUUCUAAUGGCUGCUUAUGCUGUGGGGACGUUCCUUGCCUCUCUAGUCACCGGACCACUCAGUGAUAGACUCGGUCGUCGUCCAGUUCUCCUUUUUGCGAUGGGUAUCUACACCGUUGCUCAGUUCCUCAUGGCCAACGCUUGGGAUAUUGCAAGCUUUGCAGGCUUCCGUGCUAUGGCUGGUAUCUCAGCCGGUACUCGACCUGUGAUCAUAUCCUUCUUGACUGACAGCAGUCGUCCGAUCGAUAUGAAGCUGUAUGGUGUGCUCAUGGGCCUCCAUGUGGUCGUAGGACAGAGUGUUGGACCUGCUAUCGGUGGAGUGUUGGCAACUGUCUCCUUAUCCUUCCCAUUCUACUUCAUGGGAGUCGUCUCUGCUGUAUUGUUCAUUCUGGAACUCCUCUUCCUGCGUGAGUCGUUGGAGAAGGAUGAGAGUGGAAUGCCCAUCAACAAGUUUGCCCAUCCUGAUGAGAAGGAGCCUCCGAUCAACAAGUAUCUCUGGCCUACUGUCGUGGUACUUGGCAUCGUAUCCUUCUGCGCACAGUAUCUUGGUAUCAACUGGGCCACUGUGUUUGGUCUUCUGGGCGCGGAUGAGUAUAACUUGUCCUCUUCUGAGAAUGGAGGAGCUCAGGGUAUUCAAGCCGUUGGAACUAUCUUCACCAACCUCAUCUAUCUGCAGCUCACCAAGCUCAUUCCAGCUGCACUUCUGGGUUCACUUGGUCUGGUACUAACCAUGAUAAUCGUGAUCGUCCCGUUCAUCCACAGCUUGACUGGGGUCAUCUUCCUCGGUAUGGGAUUGCAAGCCGGAAUCGGCCUGUACUUCGCUGGCCAAGCCUACUUCACUGCAGUUAUAUCCCCACCUAAGAGGAGAGGUCUGAUUAACUCCUGUGUUAUGGGAGCCUCCAAUAUUGGUGGAUUUGUCGGGCCUCUGGUAGCUGGUAACCUUUACGAUCUCAACGUGGCAUAUCCCUUCUAUCUCAGUGUUAUUCUCUCCGGCGUCGGCGCUAUCUCUUGUGUAUUCGUCUAUUUCGGGAUCAACUACCAGAUGAGUUUACUCGAGCAUGGUGCUGCUAACGGCGACUCUAAAGAGGGCACUACCUCUGGUGAAUCCGACGUGUCUAUGACAGACACCGCCAGUUCUGUGGUGGUUGAGGGAAGAGUGUGAUUGUGAUGACGAUAAUUCUACUCUGCCGUUGUUCUUGUUCUUCUUCUCUUGAAUGCCGGCAAUAUACUUAUGGUAGCACCGAAUGCUGUUAGCUUCCCUCCCCGGUGGGGUGGGUUGUGCUAUCUUCAACAACUAUGCGAAUUCCUCUUAGAAGGAUCUAGUAUCUCCCGACAUGCCAUCACGGUGUUUCCCUAUGGUAUUGUGUAUAGACGAUCCUGUUGUUUGUUCUCGG